GGGACCGGCCAAGAGCUACCCAACGCCGACAGCAAGAUCGACUCGUCGGGCAAAUCCAGGGAGAAGGAGGACCUGGUUGGACUCAAUGACAAGUUCGUCAGGCUGAUAGAAAAGGUGAAACACCUGGAGGACGAGAACAAAAAGCUCGACACAAAGCUGAAGAUCCUCAAGGACCAGGAGGGCUACGAGGGUAAAAUCGACGAGGUGGUCAAGCAGCUGGAGAACGAGAUGGAGGAGCAGAUCGACAACUUGUUCCGCGACCAGGAGAAACUGAAGGAUGAGCUGUGUAAGAUGCAGGAGGAGGUGGAGGACACCAAGAUGAGCUAUGAGGACGAGAUCCAGAAGAAAGGUGAUCUGGAGAGUGAGUUUAUCAUCGCCAAAAAGAACGUAGAUGACGGCCACUUGGAGGCAGUAGAUCUCGCUCUGGAGCUGGAGGACCUGAUGGGAAAACUGGACUUCCUCAGGGUUGGCUAUGAUGAGGAGAUCAAGGAGCUGGAGUCACAAAUCUGUAACAAGACUGUGGUCUUGCGUGACAACAGCCAACGCUCUCUGGACAUGGACGAGAUCAUCGACCACGUCAAGAGUCAGUAUGCCAACAUGGCUGCGCGCACCAGGGAGGAGGCCGAGCAGUGGAACAAGAAGAAGAUGGAUGCCAUGGUGUUGAAUGUUGGACAACGUGAGCAGGAUGUGCGUGAUUUAAGGAGGGAGAUCGCAGAUAUGUUGCGCCUUAUCCAGAGGCUUAAAGGAGACCUGGAAACUCUCAUAAGGAAGGAAGAAUCCCUGAAGAAGGAAAUUAACGAGUCCAGGUCGGACGGCGACGAGAACCUGGAGAAGGCCCGGGGCAACAUCGCCGAGCUGGAGGAAGCCCUGAAGCGGGCCAAGCAGGACUUGGCUGGACAAAUCCGCGAACACCAAGAGCUGAUGAACCUCAAGCUGGCACUGGACAUCGAGAUCGCUACAUACCACAAGCUGCUGGAGGGCGAGGAGCAGAGAAUGAGCCACCUCAUGCGCAACGGAGACGUUCACCAACCAGAGGAGGAACCAGACCCAGAACCCAGCAUCAUCCCGGCAACCAUUACCAAUAUCCCAGAAACUACUGUUUCCUAUCCUGCAGUGUACCCAGCCAGCAAGAAACGCCUGCUGAUCAAGGUGGAAGUGCAGGAAGGCAAAGUUGUGUCGGAAAUCUCCCAUUACACUGAAGAAUGACCUGCACGGUCUGCAGCACUGCAGUUUAUACCCACAAAAUGUGAAUUAAAUAGUUAUAAUACUUCAAAAAUCAUCAUGAAAUGGCAUUCAAUGCAAUAAUUACUUCUCUGGUACUGUGAACAGCUUGUAGGUUGAGUCUUUUUUCUUAUAAUUCAUGCUUAAAGUUUGAGACAUUUUGUUUAUGUCAAGCAGUGUUUUAUAAAAAAAUGUUUUGUCUUGCGGUAUUCCCAGAACCAUCAGUGUAUUUUCUCUCUUUCACUUUGUGACUAUGAUUUUGUCUAAUGGUGUAAAGCUUUUUGUAAUGAGACGAACAAUAAAAUGAGGAACUUGUGGGCUACA